AUGGCUGUUUCCCACGAUGACCCACCAGCUCGUCGAGCAGCAUUACAACAGCGCAUCCUCGGCAAGCGGAUAGCAGACCUCCCGGCUGACGGGCAGCACAUGGCGGGAAUGGAGACCGCCAUCAAGCAGCUGGUGAUGAACCUUGGAGUUUCGAGCACUUCUCCACAGUUCGAUGCCCUCAUCAAGGCCAGCAUGGCGGGUGCAACGAUCGGCUACGAUAUGGCCAUUCGAGCGAUCGCCGACAUCGUCCCCGACGCCGUGGCCGACGUCCAGGAGACGACGGCUGACUCCAUGCACGUCCUCGAUGACGCCGUCAGCCAUCUGGGGCACAAGCACGAGCAGCUGCUCGGCGGUGUCUGCCGAGCAGUUGCUAACAUGACCACGGUCGCCAUCCACCACGACAGCCGCCUGGACGCCAUCGAGCGGAAGGCGGUUCAAGGGCGACUUCGCAUCAAGAAUGUGCUGCACCCCAACGACCCUCCCCUCCCCCCCGCCCACCUCAAGGCGCACAUCUGCGGCAUACUGGCCAACGCCGCCCCCUCCCUCCC